AUGAGACUCGCGGCUGUGCUGGACGACAAUGAUGAGCUUGCCAACGAUGAUGACCUUGAUGACGAUUAUCUGUCUGAUUCUGAUGCAUUGCUCAUGGCAGCUGAAUAUAUAUAUCAGCUCACGUUCCCGCUAUUCAAACAAAACUUACUUGGGCCGCUAGCGAUGGUUUCUCCUAUACCGAACAACUUGCAUCAUGAUCAACAGGACGGAAAUUCGAAGUCUAUGGGAGCUCAGAUACUCUAUAGCGCAUAUCAUAUUUUAUUUGGCGUGCAGAUGUCUAUUCUGGGACCACGCCUCAUCCUUAGCGUUCGAGAACAUCACGCUGAGCUUGUAGCCGACUUCGACGACGAAACUGGCAUGAGUUCGAUUGUCUUCCAGGAGCGUGUACAUGUACCAACUAGCAGUACUGUGUAG